AUGGUGACAGAGAGAGGCGGGUUGCAGCAGCCAGCUGUUGGAAAGCAGCGCUCCUGAACCAUCCGCUACUACUGCACCAGGUGAAUAUCUUCAACAUCACCAACCCGAGACAAGACUUCUGCUCUCUGACACACAUCUGUGCGUGCGUGCGUGUGUUUAUGCGCGUGUGUGUGUGAGUGUGUUUUCUCUUUAAUCCGCGACUUUUACUGUUUGAUUGGUCUCGAUCAAGUGGGUGAAACUCGGAGGCAAACAGAAGAGAAGACCGAGAGCAGGUAUAAAAGUGUCAGACAGCAGAAAAAAUGGGAAGAAAGAAAAUACAAAUUUCUCGUAUUCUGGACCAGAGGAAUAGACAGGUGACUUUCACCAAGCGUAAGUUUGGUCUGAUGAAGAAAGCCUAUGAGCUGAGCGUGCUGUGUGACUGUGAGAUCGCCCUCAUCAUCUUCAACAGCACCAACCGUCUGUUCCAGUACGCCAGCACAGACAUGGACAAAGUGCUGCUCAAGUACACAGAAUACAGCGAGCCACACGAGAGUCGCACCAACACGGACAUACUGGAGACUCUGCGUAGGAAGGGCCUCGGUAUCGACGCGUCAGAGCUCGACAGUGAGGAGAGCAUGCAGGUGGCUGCAGACAAAUAUCCUCUCAGUGAGGGCAUGGAUCUCUCUGUGGCUCGCCAGCGCUUCUAUGCUCCAUCACUCCUUUCACCAGAGGCCCAGUUCCUGGUGUCUGCAGGCUGUGAGAACAGCUUCCCCAACUCAUCCGGAUCCAGCAUGGUGCCUCACAGAGCUCCAAGCUUUAAAUCUCUAAGUACCAGACCCGGGUCUGCCAGCCCUGCUGCACCACAUGCACACACUGCAUUCAUGUCUCCACACUCAGGUAUCGGCUACUCCGUGUUCUCCCAUGGCAGCCUGAAUCGAGCUCUGGACAUGAAAAGCCCUCCUCCUCUGAACUUGGGUGGUGAGAACGUGCGGGGAGAUACUGUUAAUCAGGGCAUGGGGGCCACACGUGCUAACCACAGCUCUGCUAGGGGUGUCUUGUACCAGGGCCUGCACAGCAGCAGCUCCAUGGUAGCCAUGGGCAAGGCAGGGCUGCUGGGUCACAGUUUGGGUCACAGCUACGGCCUCCCCUCUCCUGGAGCCUCUGAGUACAGCCAAUCUGGAUUUUAUCACUCUGUUAGUCUACAACGAGGAGCAGUGAACCCCUGGCAGCCAGCACAGCCGCCUCAGGAGCCCCAUGGGCCUCAUAUAAGCCCAGCGAUGUCCAGUGGAGGGUGCUCCUUCCCCUCCCAGUCUUGCUCCUCAACCUCUCCACAUCUGCCCUCCCUCAACCUCAGCAUCAAAUCGGAGCGUAGCUCUCCUGAGCACAUGUCCUCACCCACCUCCCCUCCUCUACACCACCUCAGGCAGCAUUCUCCAAUGAGCAACCCCGAGUCUGCUCGCCAUACCCCUCCGGAAGCCCGUCCAACCAAUGAGACGAAGGAGUUUCCCAAAUCUGGCUACCCACAAGAUGAAGAGGAAGGGGGGCAGCAGCCGCUCAGGCAGUUAGAGAUAAGUGAUGGGUGGCAGAGAUAGCUAGCUGCUGCAGUCUAACACCAUCUCCCAUUCAAUCAGCUAUCUUCCAUCAAAACCAGUCCUCUCUUACACACACA